CUCCACUCUUCUAUCCAAUAGUCUUCUUCUUCCUUAUCUAUUUGACUAUCGCCCCUGAGACGCUCUAUCUAUCUCGUCUAGUUGGGUGUUUCGAUCUGUAUCGACCGGUUCGACAUCGGGUUUAUAGUUUCUCCAGGUUCGAAGUUUCAAUUUCAUUUGGUCCGAUGGGAUCAGAGACGAUGCGCAAAUUGGUUGACUUGCCCGUUCUUCACAAGUUCAUGCUCUACCGCACUCUAACUAAUUUUUACUUGAUUGGGAGAGACAAGAAGAAAACCUUUUGGAGGAUACUUAAGAUUGAUCGAACCGAUCCAAACGAGUUGAAUUUAUUUGAAGAUCCUACAAGGUAUACACAUGAACAAAUCGUCGAGCUUAAAAAAUGGAUAAGUCGUGGGAACCAGGAGUAUGGUGGCCUUAGAGCAGAGACUACUUGCUAUGGAAUCAUUGGGUUUGUGAAAUUCUUGGGGCCUUAUUACAUGCUAGUGAUUAAAAAAAGAAAAAAAGUGGGCGAGAUAUGUGGCCAUACUGUUUAUGGUGUAGUGGAUAGUCAAAUGAUCAUGAUUCCAUAUCAUUCCGGUGAGACGAGAGUGGCUGGUUCUGCAGCCGAGCGAAGGUACAAGAAGCUCCUAAACAUGGUGGAUCUUAGCAAAAACUUCUACUUCAGCUACACAUACCACCUCAUGUAUAGCCUCCAAAGGAACAUAUGCAACACUGAGAGAGGAAAAAUUCACGACGAAACCAUGUUCGUGUGGAAUGAAUAUUUAACACACGGGAUCAGAAGGAUCCUCCAGAAUACCGUGUGGACAGUUUCACUUGUAUACGGAUUCUUCCAACAGACUAAAUGUUUAGUAUCUAAUGAAGAAUUUAUAUUGACUGUCAUUGCUCGACGUUCACGCCAUUAUGCUGGUACAAGAUAUUUAAGGCGUGGCGUAAAUGACGAAGGCAGCGUAGCAAAUGAGGUUGAGAUAGAGCAGAUCGUUACCAAAGAGGUUCCAGAGGAUCAGAAAAUCCCAAUGACAUCCGUUGUGCAGAUGCGAGGCUCCAUACCCCUAUUUUGGUCACAGGAGGCAACUGUGUUGAACCCACAACCUGACAUAAAAUUGAACAACAAGGACGGGAAUUACGUGGCUACUCAACACCACUUUGAGAAUCUGAAACAGAGAUAUGGAAAGCUGAUAAUCAUCCUGAAUCUUCUAAAUGAGGGCUUUCUCAUUUUCUAG